UUUUACACACAUACACAAAAGUACAGCCACCAAUAUGAAUUCUAAAGAUCCAAAUUCCCCCACACGCGAAAAAGGUCUCUUCCGCCGCCUAAAUCUUGAUUGCAAGAGAAAGAGAAAUCGAUCAAAGCGUUUGCGCUUUCACCACCAAUCAACUGAUGUAGAUAACAUAGCCUUUUCUCUUAUGAUGCUCUCUCGUAGUGGUGACAAUUGUCCUUCCGCUUCCUCCACCACCGCCACCAACAAUGACAAUAACACUAUAGAAUCUUCUCCUCCUCCUAUUACUACUGCUCUUUUGGCCCAAAAUCUUUCUCACGAGCAUAGAAUAAGCCACCAUAUCAAUCCCAUCUUGGCCACUCCCAUCACCAUGAUCCCUAGCAACGCCACUUUCACCGCCAGUAAUGACGAAAAUAUGGAAUUUUCACCUCCUCCAACUGCUUUUUUUCCGGUGACCCGUAAUAUUUUGUAUAAGUGUAACAUGUGUGAGAAGAGUUUCUCAUCUUACCAAGCCCUAGGUGGACACAAAACCAGACACCGCAAGUCUUCCCCCUCUACCACCGCCGUCAACAACCCCUCCACAUCGAACUCCACCGCCUCAAAUAUCUCCGUCCUCGGUCGACCCCACGAAUGCUCCACCUGUCACAAGAUAUUCCUCACUGGCCAGGCUUUGGGUGGGCACAUGCGGCUGCAUUACAAAGGCGUGAUCUGCGGAGGCAAGAAAAGCAACGGUGGUGCCUCAGGCCAAAGCCAUUGCAGCAACAUCAUCAGAGACUUCGACUUGAACAUGCCGGCGUUUGAAUGUCCUGAGGAUAUUCAUGAAGUUCUUGAUGAUCAGCCGCUUGAAUGUGGCGAGGAUUUUGAUGAUCAGCCUUCGUGUGACGAGGGUAUUCAUGAAGUUCUUGAUGAUCAGCUUGCACGUCUUUUCUUUAGGAAAGUAUUAGCAGGGAAUUGGAAUGUUUCUUUUUAAUGUACAAGGAACAGUACUUUAAGGAUUUUUCACUUUUUAUUUUCCGGUCUGUUUAUUUUGUGGGUUAU